AUGUACUCGUCCGAGGAGCUCUGGAACGCCACCGAGCAGGUCUGGAUCAACGGCUCCAAGGCAAACUUCUCUUUGCGAAGACGCGGGGAAGUCGAGGAGGAGGAGGAGGAGGGAGGAGGAGAUCGGCACCCCUUCCUCACAGACGCCUGGCUGGUGCCCCUCUUCUUCGCCCUCAUCAUGCUGGUGGGAUUAGUGGGCAACUCUCUGGUUAUAUAUGUCAUUUCCAAGCACAGGCAGAUGAGGACGGCGACCAACUUCUACAUAGCGAACCUGGCUGCCACUGACAUCAUCUUCUUGGUGUGCUGCGUCCCCUUCACGGCCACCCUCUAUCCUCUCCCCGGAUGGAUCUUUGGCAACUUCAUGUGCAAAUUUGUUGCCUUUCUACAGCAGGUGACGGUCCAAGCCACCUGCAUCACUCUGACGGCCAUGAGCGGGGACCGCUGUUACGUCACCGUCUACCCUCUGAAAUCGCUCCGCCACCGCACCCCAAGGGUCGCAAUGAUCGUCAGCAUCUGCAUUUGGAUCGGCUCCUUCAUUCUGUCCACCCCAAUUUUAAUGUACCAGCGUAUCGAGGAGGGCUACUGGUACGGACCGAGGCAGUACUGCAUGGAGAGAUUCCCCUCGAAGACGCACGAGAGGGCGUUCAUCCUCUAUCAGUUCAUUGCUGCCUACCUGCUGCCGGUCCUCACCAUCUCCUUCUGCUACACCCUGAUGGUGAAGAGGGUGGGCCAGCCCACCGUUGAGCCCGUCGACAACAACUAUCAGGUCAACCUCCUGUCCGAGAGAACCAUCAGCAUCAGGAGCAAAGUCUCCAAGAUGGUGGUGGUGAUCGUCCUCCUCUUCGCCAUUUGCUGGGGUCCCAUCCAGAUCUUCGUCCUCUUCCAGUCUUUCUAUCCCAACUACCGGAUCAACUACGCCACCUAUAAGAUAAAGACGUGGGCCAACUGCAUGUCCUACGCCAACUCGUCGGUCAACCCCAUCGUCUACGGCUUCAUGGGCGCCACCUUCCAGAAGUCCUUCAGGAAGACCUUCCCGUUUCUGUUCAAGCACAAGGUCAGAGACAGCAGCAUGGCGUCCAGGACCGCCAACGCCGAGAUCAAGUUCGUCGCCGCGGAGGGAGGCAACAAUAACAAUGCAACAAAUUGAAUCUCGCUAUUAAAAAAACAACAACAACAAAAACAGCAAGAAUGAGA